AUGAAUUCCCCACCAUCAUCGUUGUCCCCAAUCCCGCCGCCCAUCCCCGUCGACACUCACCCUAAUCGAGCCUCUGGGGCCAGGCCUCCUGAAUCAGACCGGAUCCCCGACCCCGAUCGCCUGGCGCCGGAAGAUGCAUAUUUUGCACCGGCGCUGUCCAGAGCACGCUCAGCCCCAGCCAACUACGAGGAUAGCCUGCAGUCUUUGAAUCGUGACGGCUCGGUCGGUGCGACGUUACGGCCACCGCGGAGGGUGCUUGGCGCGGAUCCGACUCGGAAGGAUGUGCGGAAAUUGGGAGGCGUUGGCGGACGCCGGAGACGAAAGGGAGUUUGGAAGAAGUUGCUCUGGGUGAAACAGUCUUAUCCGGACAACUAUACCGAUACCGAAACCUUCUUGGACCACCUCCAACGAAAUCCGCGAGUACGCCCAUACGAUUUCUGGCCUUUGGUCUCCGACUCAACUGUAAUUGUACAGCAUGUUUGUUCCGUUGUUAUUUUCGUUUGCUGCUUCGUUGGCAUUGUCCAGGACCGAGUGAGCCCUGUCUCUAUUGUCUGCUGGGGAAGUGUGGGAACGGCAAUGGGUUGGAUUCUGUGGGACAAUUGGAUAUGGACCGAGCAGACCGAGCUCCUCCUGAAUGCCAAUGGCGCCAUCGGGGGUGACGAUGGAUCCAGCUCCAGUUCGAUGAACAGUGCCGUCCACGCCUCCAGCAACGGGCCCAUACCUAACGGAACGAAGACUAGCCCGAUACAUGGGCUCGGUCUGACUAUGGCUGAAAAUGAGUUGAAAGAGCAGCUUUCCCUGGGGGCUGCAGAAUUCAACGGCGGCUUGGGCGGAAUGGUUCAUGCCGCACUACAGGCUGGUACAUCUUCCAUGUCACCUAGCGUGGCUGUUGACAAUCUCGAUGCUGAAGAUGAUGAUCGACCCUUUUUGUUCUCGCCGCGCAAUCUACAGCGCCUGUCGACUGUCAAGUCAGCUUUUUUGAUUUAUUUCUCCCUGUUGGGCUUGAGUCCGAUCUUGAAGUCCUUGACCAAGUCUACUGCGAGUGACUCUAUCUGGGCCCUAAGUUGCUGGCUCCUAAUCAUGAACAUCUUCUCUUUCGACUACGGGAGUGGCGAAGGUGCCGGCGCGACGACCAAAUUCCCAGCCUCCCUGUCAACCAACGCGGCGGUGAUGGCGUCCACUGUGCUUGCAUCUCGCCUGCCAUCAACUACCCAUGUGUUUAGCUUGAUGCUAUUUUCCAUGGAAGUCUUCGGACUUUUCCCCAUUUUUCGCCGUCAAUUGCGUCAAAAGUCCUGGACUGGUCACGUCCUCCUGACUCUAGCUCUCGUCAUCAUUGCAGGGGGUGCCGUUGGCACCACCCUAGGUGGAGGCUGGGCUUCUGCGAUCAUUGGGUCCAUCCUUGGAAGCAUCUUGACUGCACUCGCAAUGGGUGGCUGCAGUUGGUGGCUCAUCAGCUUGCAGAAGUACAAGAAUGUGGUCAUUGGGCCUUGGGAUCCAGCACGUCCCAUUAUCAGGCGACACUGGAACUAA